AAUUCCCGAGUGUCUCAGAGUGAUAUUAUGACAUCGACUUGAUGUUGCUGUUUUAUAUGUAAUUUGAAAAUUUAAAACGUGAUGGAAGUAAAGAAAACGAGAAAACAUUUGGUUAUUUGGUUGAGAGUUUUGAAGAAAGAGUCUUUAUUACCUUUAUUUUAUGAAAGUAAAACUUUAAGAUACCCCCCCCGGCAGGACUUUGAAUUUUGAUUGUUUGUCGUUAGUCUAAGGUCUAAGUGGGUAUCGUUUUAUGCAUCUUCGAACUGUGAAGUAAUGGAGGAAAUUUCAAGCGAAGGAAACGUUUAUCAAACUCAAGGGCAAUCCACGGAUCUUCAUGAAAGACUUCGAUGGAAAUGUCUAGAUUUUGGAUGGAUAAUAUUCUCUUGGCCAGGACGCUUUAAAGCAGCUGAAUUUUUGACGACAUUUCUUGGUUUCAUUUGCGUUGCAACUGUAAACUCAUUCAACGAGGAGUCGAGAUAUGAAUUCUUCGUAUUUGUGGGUAUUUUUAGUUGGAUUAUCGUCUGUGUACAUAUGGCUUUGGGCAUACCACAUCUCAUCGAAAAGCUUCCAUCUGUUAUAACUCAACCACUUGUCUUCCUAGUUUGUUGUUGCGUUGCUGUUCUAACCUGGUUGAUUGCAGCCAGUAUUGUCGUUGCAAAAGACAAAAACAAUACUGCUAUACAAGCUGGAGCUGCGUUUGGUUAUAUAACAAUGUUCCUAUUCCUUUUUGAAGCUGUUUAUUACUUUAUUUUAUGGCGACGUGCUCGCUCUACAGCACAUGGUGACAAGGAAAAGAAAUGAACAGUCCAACUGAAGAGAAUAAUUAUGUUUCAAAUGAUUCUGGCUACUGAAAUCGUUCAUAUAUUCGUUCAUAAUUCAGAUUGCUUACAUACAAUUGCGUAUAUUAAACAAAACGUUGUACGUUAUACAUUCUAUGUAUAUUAUUUAUUGAUCAUAUUCAAUUAUAGCAAUUUCAGGAAUGUGUUA